AUGGGUGACUGGCCAGAACCGCCCACUGAUGAGACGUUUGACGACUUCGAGAGCGACUGGUUUCCAGAGAAUUUCUAUGGCAGUGAUGGCCCGAAAGUCCGAAACGGCUAUGUUCAGAACGCGUUUGCGAAUUGUGCUAUUGAUGAAGACCUUGCUCGCGCGAUAUUUGAAGCCGUCGCCGCUGCUAAGGGUACGGAUGGCCUCUCGCUGGGACGCAUGACCAUAACCACAAGAGGCGGUGCUGACUUUAGUCUGCUUGCUCAAGUGCCCGAAGACGUGCGACAUGUUAUAAAAGUCCUUAGCCGCGACUGGAAAUUGACCCGGUGUCUGAGAGAUGACAGGAGGGAGCAGAUAUCCGUGGAGGAUGUUAGCGAGAAGAGAGGCUCUGUGCCUCGUGGUGAUGAGAAUGUGGCUAUUAGUGAGGGUGUCUUGGAGGUUCUACGGCGCAUUUGGCCUGAAAUGAAAGACGUAAGGAACGUCGAUCAUUUGAAACGAGCGAGCAUUCCGCUACAGACUGUGGACCUGCCCGAAUGA